CCUCCACCUUUUUUCUUCCCCCGCGCCCUUCCCAGGAGGCUGGUCUCCCUCUCUUCUGUCCGUUUGGACACCUUCGUUGGUUUCCAUGGGGACUCUGUACCGCCUAGUCAUGGGGGUCGUGGCCGUGGCAGGGUGCACAGGCGUGGGGGUUGCUCUUUGGACUCUGGUCGCGCCGGACGAAGCGCACAGAAAGGAGAUGGCAAAGGAGUACCCCGAGUCCAACCCUCUGCUGCGAGCUGAGCGGCAACAGCAGAAUGUCAUGAUAAUGGAGAUCCUGAAGGAGGCAGCUGAGACCAACCAGAACGUGGCCAGCAAACCGUGGCCCUGGAGAAAAUAGGGCAGCUGCCAUUGUGGGGUGGAAAAAGCCUUCCACAGUUGCGGCACCCUGAGUCACCUCACUCAGCAUGGACCCUUCUCUGCUCUGUACUGAGAACUCUGCAGAAGAUGCUCUGUGGCUGCGUUGUGUUGCGCAGGGACUAGAAGGAUUUUGCUCUCUCUCCAGUGGGGAUGUUUCUGUAUCCUACUCUGCAACAGCAUACAGUCUGCUGUUAUGUAAACAGCAAGUGAUAAAAUGACCCUUGCAAAUUACAA